UUCAGGAUUUUACUCUUGUGUGUUCUGUUUUUUGUGUGGGAGCAUUAUGCUUUUCUUCUUAAGCUAGCUAGGCCUCAGAAACUAGCUCGUCAUGGAGAAGCAAGCUAAUGACAGAAGAUUUGUUCAGGGUUUGCUUGAAGGCUUGUACGCACUCAAGAAGUAGAAACAAAAAAUUAAUACUGUACUUGACAUUUGAUAUUUUCUCCACGAAUUAUCUGCUUGAUAUGACCAUGGAUGAAUUCGGGUUCCAGAUAAACUUCACCUCCUUACCUCCAAUUAGAUAACACAACUCUGAGAGACCGACAGAUGGAUAUAUAUAGCUAGUAAUAUUGUGAAGCUCGAGUAUAUUAUAGAUCGAGCCGCUACACACAGGGGAGAGAGAUGGGGAGAAGCAGUACUUACUAUGAUAAGAAUGAUGGACUGAAGAAAGGAGCCUGGGCUGCAAGUGAAGACCAGAUUGUCAAAGCCUACGUCAAAAAACACGGUGUCGGAAAAUGGGGCAAACUAUCCAGGGAAACAGGUCUGAAGAGAUGUGGGAAGAGUGUGAGACUCAGAUGGUUGAACUAUCUGAGGCCUGAUAUUAUCAAAGGCAACAUUACAGAAGAUGAAGAAGAGCUCAUCAUCAGGCUCCACAAACUCUUGGGAAACAGAUGGUCAUUGAUAGCCGGAAGGAUACCAGGGCGAACUGACAAUGAAAUCAAAAACUACUGGAAUUCCACCUUAAAGAGGAAGCUACAACAAGAAAAUCACUUAGAAGUGUCUAAAGAUGAGGAGAUCAAGGAGGACUUGUCAUCCUCUGCCGUUGUUUCCGCUGCCACUGAUGAGGACGAAGAUCAUCAUCGUCAGCAUCAUGAUGCUGACGUUGGAAUUGGAGUUGCAGCUGAAGCAACUAACUAUAAGGGUACUGGUGAUGAUGAAUAUCUGAGGGAUGACCUUUGGUGGAACAAUUUCAUAAUGGAUUUCAAUGAUACCCAACUCGACGUAUCUGAAUUCCAAAACGGCAUCCCCGAGAUUUAGGAAUCUAAGGUGAUCGAACGUUAUCGAUCGACGUCGGAGAUUGCUGCACCGAU